AUGGCCACCACCCUGACGUCCCGGGCGUUAAUCUGGGUAGCCCUUUUAUCAGUCCUGGCACCCUACUGCUUUGCAUUCCAAUACAGCAAGUCCGAUGAUGGAGCCGUCAGUGUAUCUGAUGAGCAGGAUAUCUAUUCUGCGGAAGCCGCUGCUAUGGUUGAAGACGAUGACAGCGGACAGAAUGCGGUAGGCCGAGAUCAAUUGACUGCUACCUCGGAGUAUUAG